AUGGACGACGACGACGACGACGAUUACGACUACGACCAUCUUCUGCUUCAAUGUGUUUGUUUUCGUAUAUUAUCCAAUAGAAAUUUUGAUAAAAUCAAUUUUUACUUGUCUAAAAAAGGGAAAAUGUCCGGAGAUAAAAAGAAACGUCCGGGAAGAGCGGAAGGAUGGGAAGAAGCAAAGGAUGAAUUUUAUCAGGAAAGUUAUCCCACCACGGAUGCUGAUUUCGAGGGUAUCGAAAGGGAUCCACAAAAGAUAACGACUCUUUUGCCAAGCCAACAAAACCGAGUGACGACUACUGGAAAGAAAAACAAUACGAAAGAUAUUAAAAAUAGGAAUACUAUUAAGCAAAGAACCAUUUCGAGAACCAAUUACUACACUACCUCAAGAAGACAGUCUGUUCUUCAAGAAAACUACAUUGCCAUGAUGCCUGAUCUAUCGGAAAAUUUAUCAAAUGAAAGAACGACGUGGGAGGAAAUAAUGAAAAUCAAAGACUUACCAAUUAGCAUGACUCAAAAAAAAGAACAGAAAGCCAAAUUGCAAAAUGCCACAAAGUUAAGACUGCAAGGUUUCGAACAAUUUAAAUGGCAGAGAAGAAAAAUGUAUAAUCAAAUGCAGUCACAAUGGAAAGAAACAUAUUCAAAAUUUGAAAUGUGGAAAAAAAGUCUGAGAGAAAUCGAGGGAAAUUAUGGAACAGGCGUGGUUUCAUUUUUCAGAUUCAUAAAGUGGUUAAUGUACUUGAACAUAGUUAUUUUUAUAUUAAUGUUUACAUUUGUCGUACUUCCGACAUUACUUUCCGAAAUACUUCAGAACACUCCGAGUAUUGAAAGUGAAAAACCUAUAUUAACAUGUAGGAAUAUUAGUUUAGUAAAUGAAUGCUCCAAUAAUUAUACCAAGGCAAUUAGUUCUAGAGACAUAGGGAUUUUAGAUAUUAUACAAGGAACCGGAGCGAUAGAGAAUACAUAUUUGUUCUAUGGAAAAUACGACUGUUCCAUAUACACAGUUCCGGAAUAUUUGUAUUAUUACAAUCUUUCAUUCGCAUAUGUUUUAGUCACAAUAUUUAUAUUCAUUCUAAGUUUGGCAGCCAUUGUUAAAUCGGCAGCUCAAGCGUUCAGAGGACGUUUGGUCGAAGGAGAGGGUCAGUUCAAUCAAUUUUGCAGUUUGAUUUUUAGCGGUUGGGACUUUUGCAUUUACAAUGAAAAAUCAGCCAAUAUGAAACACAAAGCUUUGUACAAUGAAAUCAAAUACAGAUUGAUGGCGGAAAAGCAAAAAGAAGACAAGAUACUAAGAUCAAAUGAAAAUAAAGUGAAAAUUAUUUUUCUAAGAAUUCUCAUUAAUAUAACGGUGUUGUUAUUGCUAGCGGGAGCUGGAUGGCUCAUAUAUUUUGCUGUGAAAUUUCAAAGCGAUGCUCGUAAGGAGGCUAGAUAUGAUUUAGUACCACAAGGAAUAAUGAACUUAAUAUUGCAAUAUUUGCCUUCUUUAGCCGUAGUAGGAUUGAAUUCUGUAGUGCCGACUAUAUUCGGGUAUUUGGUGAAAUGGGAAAAGUACACGGUCAUUUUUGUAAUACACGUCACAUUGAUGAGAACUAUUUUUCUACGACUUGCGUCUUUGGUUGUCUUGCUGGUGUCAAUUUACGACGUGAUCCCAAGGAAUUCCGACCACGAAACGUGUUAUUUGGGCGAAGGUAAAACAACAUUUUGCUGGGAAACGUAUGCCGGCCAACAAUUUUACAGAUUGAUUUUACUCGAUUUCGUUGCGCAUUUUUUAAUAACUUUUUUUUUAAAUUUUCCAAGAAUGUUGUUGGCGAAACAUUUUAAAAAUAAAAUAACGAAAUUUCUCGGGGAGCAAGAAUUCGAUUUGCCCAAACACGUUUUGGAUGUUGUUUACACGCAAACAAUAUGUUGGCUGGGAACAUAUUUUUCUCCGGUACUCCCCGGACUCGCGGCCAUUUAUUUAUUUUUAAUAUUUUACAUAAAAAAAUUUGCUUGCAUGGUCAAUAGUAGAACGGCGACAAAAGUUUAUCUCGCUUCACGAGCCAAAUUUCUAUUCAUGUCCAUUCUCCUUAUAUCGUUCGUUGUCGCCAUCAUUCCCGUUGCUUUGAGCAUUGCCGAAACUAAACCAUCCCUGGCUUGCGGUCCUUUCCGAGGUGAAGAAAUAGUUUGGGGCGUCGUCAUAACGGCAUUCAACACUUUGCCGAAAGAAUUGAAAAAUAUCGUUUUCUACUUUUCCACUGCUGCUUUUGCCGUGCCGGCUUUUUUCAUAUUAGCUUUGUUCCUUUAUUAUUUUUACGCCCUCUCGGAAGCCAACAAGCACAUGAUAAUUGUACUUAAAAAUCAAUUGGUUCUAGAAGGUCACGACAAACAAUUUUUACUCGAUCGGUUAAGCGCGUAUAUUAAACAACAGGAUCAAAAUAAAAAACACGCGAGAAAUUUGACGACGAACGUGGACGUCAAUAAUAUUAUCGAAAAUCCGAAUGCCAGCGACUAA